CACAUCCAGGCAGUUACGGAUUUGGCUGUUAACAAUUUCAGGAAGGUGAUUUCUCUCCUCGGCAAGCCGAAUCGAAUAGGUCACGCCAGAUUCAGAAGAGCCCCUGUUUCUGUUUCUGCUUCUGAUUCUACCUCCGCCGCCGCCGUGGCGCCGGGGCCGUCUUCUUACUCUGCUCCAGUGAUUGUUCCUCCGACGACGGAACAAGGGUCUGGCUCUGUUUCCGGUGGCUCGGCGUUCAAGGUCUACCAGCCGAAAACGAUUCACCGGCUGCCUCCCUUGCCGACCAACCACCACCACCACCACCAGAAGGCGGCGGCGGUCGCGGUGGCGAAGGAGAGGAACGAAUUAGUGCCGUCUUCUACCAUCAAUUUCUCGAAUUCGCCUUCGAUUUUAGCCGCUACUACCUCGUUCAUGUCCUCCCUGACUGGGGAUACAGACAGUAUGCAGAGAUCUAUGUCGUCCUCCGAGUUUCAGUUCACCCUGCCCUCUCACGGGAAGCCUCCCUUGUCUUCCUCCUCCCUCAAGAGAAAGUGCAGCUCCAUGGAUGACGUCAGAUGCGGCUCCUCCUCUGACCGCUGCCAUUGCUCCAAGAAAAGGUUCGCCCUUUAUGCCCCAAAUUCCAAUAAAUCUUGA